CCCACACCAGGAAUGCCUGAUAAAUAUCGCAGUUGUCCCUUGCUAUUGUCUGAUGUAUUUAGUGCAAAACGCAGGCAGUGCAGCCUCUGUUCCCAAACUUAGAAAUAAGGGAUCCGUGCGAAUGACGGUCGUCGCUCCAGUAUGUCUCACGAAUAGAUCGAUGACGAAGAAACGCGCAAUGCAAGCGCAGCCUGCAGGCUCCUUCGGCAGUUUUCCUGCAAACUAUGAGUCGGCAUUAGAUUCAUUUUUUGUCACAAAACAUCACGCAGACCCGAUUUAGCUCGUGAAUAA